AUGGAUGACGGAAUACCAUCACCGCCACGGCCACCGCCACCGCCGCCGUCGCCGUCACCACCGCCAUCAGCAGAGGCCUUGGCCGAGGACGCCAAGGAGGCCAAAGAACAUCUGACUCCCGAGAUGUUGAUUACAAAGGCCGAGGCCCGCCUCGAGCGGAUCGAGAUUGAAUCGCGGAAGAACAUUUUUGGGAGAAUCACCUCCCAUUUAGAACACUCGGAGAUCGACUGGUCGGUGACGACUGACCAAUUCGACCAUGGAAAAUGUCUUGUCAAAGACAUAGAAUACAAGCCCACAGGGGGAUUGAGCCAUCGGAAACAACAUUUCCGACUCAAGAGGCAUACAGACUGGGACGAGAAGAAGAAGCUCGAGAAGGAGGCGCAAAGCGCCAUCGAGGCCGAAAUAAUGGCCGUGGACGAGACCUCCCCGCCCACUCCCCCCCCAAAUACUAUAAACGGACGUUUGAUAUGGCAUUCCCGCCAGAUGGAGAGUAAACUCCGGCGAAACCAUCAUAAAUGA